AUGAGGGAGACAUCUUCCAAACUGGAGAGAAAAUGGCGCCUCUCCCUCAAGGAGAGAGACAACCUUUUGAAGAAGGUCAAGAUCUGGCGCCAGACUUUGCGCCAUUUGUUGACGGACGCCAUCGCCGAUGAGGACGUCGUUUGUGGAUUGCGGUUGGUGGGAGUGGAGCUUUCUGCGCGGCACCGCCAAUCGUUUGCUCAACCUGAGAAAGUCCGUUGGUUCGUGACAUUUCCGAAAUGGUGUCACGAUUCCCUAGAGUCACUGAAGAAAGAAAUGAUCGAGUGGACGGUAGAGACAUCUGAGCAUUUCCAAAUGGAAAGUGAAUGCCGUCUGCAAGUAUCGAACCCGAAGGAUAUUAAUUCGAUUGAUGUCAGCGACGAAGACAAUCGUGUCUUUGUUGGCGAUGCGUAUGGCAGAUCGAUCCAUGAAUUCGAUGACUCUGGAAAAUUGUUUCUUUAUUUCUCUUUUUUUUCUUUUUUCUCUUUUAUCUUUUUCUAUCUUUUUCCCAUUUUCUUUUUUCUCUUUUUUGUCUUUUCUUUUUCUCCUUUUUUCUCUAUCUCUUUUUCAUUUUUCUUACUUUCUUUGUUUCUCUUUUUCUUCCUUUUCUUUUCUUUUUUGUAUUCUUUUUGUUUCUCAAUUUCUUUUUCUUACUUUCUUUUUUUAUUCCUUUACUUUUUAAUUUCCAACUUUCUCUUUCUUUUUUUUAUUCAUUAUCUUUUUUCCCUCUUAACUUUUUCUUAUUUUCUUUGUUUCUCUUUCACGCAUCAAAAAAAGAAAUAUUUUUUCGUUUUUUCUUUUCUUCGUGGUUGUCGAGCAGGACCGUGA